CCCCGGAUCGCGGAACACAAAUUUAUAUUGUAUGUUAGGUCUAUCUUAUACCUUGUUUGUGGUAAUAACUUUGUGAUUUUAUUAUCAUUAAUUGCACAAAUCUCGCAAAAACAAAAGAAAGAUGUCACUUCUUAAGUUUAACAGGAAUUUAUUUGCUAUCCUUAAACUCCAAAGAUGUCAUGUCCACAGUAUGUUGCAAAUAUGUAACGAUAAUUCUAAAACUAUUGUUGGAAGACAUAUAAAAGUACAGGGUUGGGUUCAUGCAGUGCGAAAAAUGAAAGAUGAUAUUUUUAUUGAUAUUACGGAUGGAUCAACUCCUAAAAUGUUCCAACUUGUUGUAUCAAAAUCAAAUAAACCAGACAAAUUAAGUUUUGGAAGUAGUAUUAAGGCAGAAGGAAAAUUAGCCUUAAGUCCAAGUGGUAAAGUUGAACUACAUACAGAUAAUAUUGUUGUAAUUGGUAUGUGCGAUGUUAUGGAUGGAUAUCCUUUUGCUCCAAGAAAACUGUAUCAUAUGGAUUAUGUUAGACAGUUUCUUCACUUAAGACCAAGAACUAGAACAUUUUCAUCUUUAUUAAGGAUACGUGAUAUGACAUCUGCAACUAUUGAAAAUUAUUUGAGGAGUAAAGGUUAUAUUCAUAUACAUACACCAGUUUUAACUUCAAAUGACUGUGAAGGAGCUGGUGAAUUAUUUUUAGUUAAGCCAAAUUCUCAAGAUCUAUUAAAAUCAAUGAAAAGGGAAGGUAUAGGGGAAGAAGAAUCAUUUUUUAAUACUAAAACUUUUUUAACAGUAUCAGGACAAUUACAUUUAGAAGCUGCUGCCAGAGCAUUUACAAAAGUGUAUACCUUUGGACCAAUAUUCAGAGCUGAAAAUUGUAAAGCAAGAUUACAUUUAGCUGAAUUUUAUAUGUUAGAAACUGAAUUGGCAUUUAUUAAUAGUAUUGAUAAUAUAAUGAUUGAAGUUGAAUCAUUAAUAAAAUAUGUAGUUAAAGAUAUACUCGUAAAAUGUGCUUCAGAUAUACAUGCAAUAGGUGGUUGUGAGGUACAGUGGUUGGAUAAAAAAUUUGCAUGUAUAACGUAUGAUGAAGCAGUUAAUAUUUUACAAAAUAAUACAAGUUGCUUAGAGAUUCCUAUUAAAUACGGAGCAAACCUAUCUAAAGAACAUGAAUUGUUUCUAGUGAAACAUAACGAUAAUAUUCCCAUAUUUAUUACAAAUUGGCCAAAAGAAACAAAACCUUUUUAUAUGAAAGAAUGUAAGGAUAAUUCGUCAAAGGUUGCUGCAAUAGAUCUCUUAGUACCUACUGUAGGGGAGUUAGUAGGAGGCAGUAUACGUGAAGAUGAUUAUGAAAAGUUAAAGUCAAAGUUACCUUUAAUAUCUAAUCUUUCUUGGUACUUAGAACUUCGAAAAUAUGGUAAUGUUCCAACUGGGGGUUUUGGAAUGGGGUUUGAAAGAUUUUUACAAUUUAUUUUUAAUAUAUCAAAUAUUAAGGAUACAAUCCCUUUCCCAAGGUGGCCCCAUAAUUGUAGCUUAUAAAUAGAAAUCUUAAGACCUAUUAUCUACAUGGUUAUCCCAUGACAAAAUAUAUAUACAUAUAAUUAUUAUAUGCAAUUAAAGUAUUUAAAAAUAAAUUUUCUUUUAGGGAAAACGUAAACAAACA